AGCUCGCGACGCGCAGUUGCAGACGCUCGCGUGGAACAGUCAGAAAACUUGUUUAGCGCUACGUGAUUGCUUUUUAGUUUCCGCUGUCAUGGAGUCGCAGAGGAAGAAACGCCGUUUUCGAUGCAGUCUCUUCCUUCUGUUUGUACAUCUGCAGCUGGCUUUGACCGGAGAAUGCCCUGCAGAUGGCCGCACCUGGGUGCCCUUUAAAGACAGAUGCUACCAUUUUGUCCAUGGAGAAGAAGACCAGAUCAAAAGUUACACCUUUGAUAGAGCAAAGACCCUCUGCCGCGACUUUGAGCUUUUGACCAUCAAAAGCACUGAAGAGAAUGACUUUGUUAUCGAAUACAGCCCAGAAGUGUGGAAAGGCAACGUCAAUGUGUGGCUAGGAAUGUAUUUUGACACAAACACUAAAGAUAUGAAGUGGUUUGACGAAGACCCUGUGACAUUCACUAACUGGGAGUAUGAGUCAGACUCGGACCUCAUGCCCAUGGAUAGAUGUGUCGCUCUGCACAGCAUGUCCGGGAGGUGGGAGAACGUCAGCUGCGUGGAUGAUGUGGAGAAUGGAGUGAUUUGUGAGGCAGCUCAAACUGCAGCGGAAGCCAAGCAGAAGCCCAGUGCACUGCUGUCUGCCCUGGUCAUUCUCAGUGUGGUGGCUAUCAUGGGAGUCUCCGCAGUUGUUUGGUUCCUGCACCAGAAGCGCAGUCUUGGCACAAAUAUCAUCUCAGCGUUUGAGUAUCACCCUCCGUUUCGAGUGCUGGACACAGACCAGUCCUGUCUGGUGGAGGCUGAGGAGAUUGACAGUGUGCCAUAGUAGAACUUUAGAAGCGUGAGGCUCUUCUAACUGGGUGGUUGUUGGUAGGGGGAAAAGAUCCACUCUUAAAACAGUUACUGAGGCGUUUCUGUGUGAAUAUCUAUGUGUUCUGAAAAAUGUAGUAGCACUAGGCCUACUCUGAUACUAACCUCUUUACUCUGGCAUAUCACAACUCACUUGUUUUGUCUUUUUGUCAUCUACACUAACAAAGAUGAUAUAGAUAUAAAUUUACCAAAUUGGUGCAAUUCUCUCAGAUGUGCAUAGAUCACCUGCCCCUGGAUGCAACAUUAGGUUAUAAUGGUGUGCACUACAUAGUAAUUAGAACCUAAACUUCACAUAGAGGAAACAGAUUUAGCAUGGCAUCCCCAGUCAGUCAUUGCAGCAGUGCUGCAAUGUGGACAGUCAAACUAAGAACUUAGUUUAGAUUUGUCCCAAGCUUUUCAUUGAAUUGAAUUUUUCUUGGUGCAACCAGCUGCACAGUUUUGUUAGACCCGGUAAAUAUUCAUUAUUUCCAAAGAGUAAUGCAAGCUCUAAAUUUGUAGUUUACAAGGCCAUUAGGUGACGCUGGUGGUGUCGUCGAUUAAUUUUCCAGGUUCCAACACUUCUCAAACUAUUCCCAUGUAGAUUUGUAAAAUCUCUGGAUUAUCCCUUUAAGCAGAAACAGGAAUCCUCAGUCUCAACCUAUUACAGGAAUUUGUAAAUAAUUGUCCUACUGUAUGAACUGUUGUGUGGUUACUGCACUCAUGUUAGUGUUUCAAAGAUACUGAGUUGCACAGUUUGUAAUAUUCUUGUGAAAUGGAAGACUGUUCUAAACCAGUUGCCACAGGGACAACCUGACCAAUUUUCUUGAUUUCUGUCACGUGGACUAAAGUUGUUGUGGCAGAAAGUUUUGUCAGUUCAUAGGAUCGACAUUCAUUCCAGCAAAUUUCCUAGAUGGCUUUAAUAAUGGUUUAUAUUCACAGCUUAUCUGUCCUUCAAGGUUAAGAUAUAUACAAUAAGCCUUGGAUUUAAAUGCCAUGCUCGCUAAUAGUAUUGUUUAUAUUGUAAGAGGGAGGUUAGGAUCUUAAUGCUGGAAAUUAUAAAUCAAUCCUUUUGAGAAUAAAGACAAUCAAAUUUUGACUUCAUGAUGGGUAUUUUGGGAAUACCCCUAUAUGGCAGUUACCCACUAAUAACAGUUUACACAUGUUUAUACAUUUGCCCCAGCAUGAAUACUAAUGUACAAUAUUGAGCACAGUCUGGGCCGUUCUGAGCCUGUGUGUGUUUCACAAUAAAGAAUAUCUGACUACAAGA